UGGAUCGAGCAGCUCCCGGAUCGGCAUGUCAAGCUCAACCUCCCCGCCUCCCUCAGCAGAGGCCGAGGGGACCGAGUACGGUUUCCUUGGAUACAAGCCUUUCAAGCCGGAGGAGCACGGCCUGGACCGCGGGUUCCGCCUCAUAGCCUUCUCGGACCUGAAAGGAUGAGGCUGCAAAGUCCCGCAGGAGGCGCUGCUCAAACUCCUGGCGGGACUGGAGCAGAACCAGGCCGAUGGCACCGCAAAGGGCGACGAGCAAGCGCUCGAGUUCGGCCAGCAAGUGCCCGUCCCUCGGCUCGGUGUGGGGAUGGACUGCUGCGUGAUUCCGCUCAGACAUGGUGGGCUCUCGCUGGUCCAGACCACAGACUUCUUCUACCCCCUGGUGGAGGAUCCGUACAUGAUGGGUAGGAUAGCGUGUGCCAAUGUCCUCAGUGACCUCUAUGCCAUGGGCAUCACAGAAUGUGACAACAUGCUGAUGCUGCUGAGCGUCAGCCAGAAGAUGAGUGACAAGGACCGUGAGCGUGUGAUGCCACUGAUGAUUCAAGGGUUUCGUGAUGCGGCAGAGGAGGGUGGGACUUCUGUGACCGGUGGUCAAACCGUCAUCAACCCCUGGAUCAUUGUUGGAGGAGUCGCCUCAGUGGUCUGCCAGUCCAAUGAAUUCAUCAUGCCUGAUGGUGCCGUCCCAGGAGAUGUACUGGUUCUGACAAAACCAUUGGGCACUCAGGUGGCUGUCAAUGCGCACCAGUGGCUGGAGCAGCCGGAGAGGUGGAACAAGAUAAAGCUUGUGGUGACCAAGGAGGAAGUCAAAGAGGCCUAUCAGGAAGCCAUGUUCUCCAUGGCAACUUUGAAUCGCACAGCUGCAGGUCUAAUGCACAAGUUCCAGGCUCAUGCAGCGACUGACGUCACAGGAUUUGGCUUGUUGGGUCACGCCAACAACCUAGCCGCUCAGCAACGGAAUGAGGUGGCAUUUGUCAUACAUAACCUGCCUAUCAUUGCCAAGAUGGCUGCCAUCAGCAAAGCAUGCGGAAAUGUGUUCAACCUGGUGCAGGGAACGUCAGCAGAAACCUCAGGCGGUCUGCUGGUCUGUCUGCCCAGGGAGCAGGCGGCCAAGUUCUGCUCUGAGAUGAAGAGCCAGGCCUCUGGAGGUCAGGGAGGAGGAGCGUGGAUCAUCGGAAUUGUCGACAAAGGAGACCGCCGCGCUCGCAUCAUCGAAAAGCCUCGUAUCAUUGAAGUCCCGCCACGAGGAAGUCAGGCGGCGAACCAGGAGAACAGCGCCGCCCCUGGAGGUCCCAAUCUCUCAUAGACACUGGUGUGUGUGUGGGUAAGCGUGUGAGGGUUUCAGGAGGCUCUUAACCAUUGCCAAACUUUUAAAAUCUCAUCAUGACCGGUAUAAUAACAGCAACAACCUAUCAGACUGGGGAGAACCUUCCAAAUUCACAUCUCAGAGUGGAUGCUUGUAUGGGUAUGUGUGUGUGUUUUUACUCUUUCGAUUGGGCUUGUGAGUCUUGUGACAAGACUCUUGUGGAAUGUGCAUUUGUGUAAUCUCGACUGGUGGCACCGCGUCCUGCGUUCAGAGGAAGGCUUGAGCAGCUUCCUCCUGACCGGCGAGGCGGUGACCACUGGGUCCAUCUUUGUCAGCUUUCCAGCUUGUCUCAGCUGGUCCCACCUGUCGGCCCAGUUUCAUGAAGCUCUGCCUUGGAAACCCCAGCCAGUGGGGGAAGGCGGAGUGGAUGUUUGCCACUGGAGCAGGUGGGAUUCUCCUCCUGAGCUGGAAAGCUGAACGCGUUUGGAGCUUCAAACAAUCAAUAAAAACUUUCAUCAGUCUGUAUUUGUCAUUUGUUUUUCUCUGG